AAACAGCCUCCAACGCAUUCCAUUUUGGUAUUCUACAGAUUAAACCCUACCAUCCCUUCCAAUCGACAUGGUGACGCCCCCAGGCCUGAAGGGCCUGAGUGCGCCAGUCCCCAACAUCAACUACUUCACCCCCAAGCACCAGCAGUCCCCUGGAACUCCUGUUACGCUUGAUGCCUCGACACCCACACUGUUUACACCGCUCAACAUACGGGAUGUCACGCUCCGCAAUCGCAUCACCGUGGCUCCAAUGUGCCAGUUCUCGACCGCGCCAGAUGGCCCUUCUAUUGGCAGUUUGACCGAUUACCAUAUUGCGACUCUGGGCCACUUCGCGCUCAAGGGCGCCGCUCUCGUCUUUGUCGAGGCGACCGCUGUUCAAUUCAACGGCCGGAUUUCACCUUAUUGCCCGGGUCUGUGGGAUGACGCCCAAAUCCAAGGGCUCCGCCGUGUCAGCACUUUUGUGAAAUCCCAGGGCGCGUUGGCGGGUGUCCAGCUUGCACAUGCUGGGCGCAAGGCAAGUACAGCUCCCCCGUGGGUGGCUGGAAGCACCCAGUUUAAAAAGGGGAGCCUUCGCGUGGGGAAGGAGCACUAUGGCUGGCCUGACGAUGUGGUCGGGCCAUCUGGAGGGAUUGAGCAGACCUGGGACGGACUGGGCCUCGAGGAACAGGGCGGUUUCUGGCCCCCCAGGGCUCUGAGUCAAGGUGAGAUCAAGGAAUUGGUGGCAGACUGGGGCCACGCGGCGAGGAGAGCAGUUGAGGCAGGCGUCGAUGUGAUUGAGAUCCACGCCGCACACGGAUAUCUGAUCCACGAGUUUUUGAGUCCCGUUACGAACCAUAGAACGGAUUCUUACGGGGGCAGCUUUGAGAACAGGACUCGACUGCUAGUGGAGAUCAUUCAGGCGAUGAGGAAUGAGAUGCCCACCGGGAUGCCAUUGUUCCUUAGGGUUAGCUCAACUGAGUGGCUGGAUAGCACAGAGGUUGGCCACAAGUACGGCACUUGGACCGUCGAGGACACAAUCAGGUUGGCCAAGCUGGUCUCACCUCUCGGUGUCGACCUCCUAGACGUGAGCUCGGGAGGAAAUCAUCCGACGCAAACAGUCAACCCGUUCAUGACCAAGGAUUAUCAAACCAAAAUUGCUGCUCAGAUCCGCAAAUCUGUACGUGCGUCUGGCUCGAAGCUGCUGGUCGGUGCCGUGGGCAUGAUCACAGAGGCAGACCAGGCGCGAGAUCUGGUUCAGGCGGACAGACUGUUGGCUCAGGAAGCGGCAGAUGCCAGGAAUGCGACCCAAGCGAUGGCGGAGGAAGAGCCGUCGGCCGAUAUUCUAUUGAUUGGCAGGCAGUUCUUGAGAGAGCCGGAGUGGGUGCUGCGAGUUGCUUGGAAGCUUGGGCUGGACGUUUCUUGGCCGAACCAGUACCUGAGGGUGCGUUUCCCCAACCUGUAAUGGAUUCUUUACGUGUUGGAACUUGGUCGCAAUCUAGAUGCUGUGUCCGGUGUGGGAUUUGUAUAUAUUGUAGCCUAUCGAGAUGUGGAUUCUUCAUCUGUACGAACACGAAUGGAUCUUAAUAUGCCAG